AUGGGCAACAGUUUGAAAGCCAUACUUGCUUUUGUGCCCUCUAACAAGUGCCAGAAGUACCUCCUAGAAGACCUAGAAGAGAUGCCAGUGGAUAAAAUGGUCGAUCUGAGUGGCAGGCAGAUGAGACGGCUGCCUGUGCACAUCUGCUCUUUUAGGGAAUUGGUUAAGCUGUACCUGAGUGACAACAACCUGAACCAUCUGCCCCCCGAGCUGGAGCAGCUGCAAAACCUGCAGAUCUUGGCACUGGACUUCAACAACUUCAAAGCACUGCCCCUAGUUGUGUGCACGCUGAAGCAGCUGUGCAUCCUCUACCUGGGCAACAACAAGCUGUGCAGCCUGCCCCUGGAGCUCCGACUCCUGCAGAACCUGAAGACGCUGUGGAUCGAGUCCAACUGCCUGCAGUACCUGCCCGAGGUGGUGUGCGAGCUCAGCCUGCUCAAGACGCUGCACACGGGCUCCAACGCGCUGCGCGGGCUCCCUCGGCAGCUGCAGGGCCUGCAGGAGCUGCGCACCAUCUGGCUCUCGGGGAACCUGCUCUCCGAGUUCCCGCCCGUGCUCCUGGACAUGCCCUUCCUCGAGGUCAUCGACGUGGAUCGCAAUUCCAUCCGCUUCUUCCCCAGCCUUGCUCACCUGCCCGGCCUGAAGCUGGUGAUCUACGACCACAACCCCUGCAGGAACGCGCCCAAGGUGGCCAAAGGGGUGCGCAGGGUGGGCAGAUGGUCAGAGGAGAGCCCCGAGCCCCGCAAGCGAUCGGGGGCGGUGAUAGAUAUCACGCUGGACGAGAAGCCAUUGCUACCUCCUGCCGCCAAGGCCGAGCCAGACGCCGAGCCCUGCUGA